AUGAGAAGAAAGUUCCUCCGCAAAGUGAUCAUCUCCGAGUCCGUCGACUUGGCACUGGUAUUGCCGCCUGGGACGACCGGCGCCGCUGCCGAAGCCAUCUCCACACGAUCUACAGCAGCAAGUGACGCGGCACUGGCAACGGCGGCCGAAGUUGGCGAGAAGGUAGCCGUGGGCGCUGUGACUUUGCCUUCAGGCUCCAAGUGUGCGCCCAACCUCAGAUAUCCCACGUCGGUAUCGUUUCAAUCGCUCAGGUUGGCCGAGCGAAACGUCGUCGUCGGCUGCCCCUCGGCGUCUCGCUUCUCCGAGUCCACGCUCACCGUGACCACGCAGAUGACCAACAGCAAAGAGCACUUGGACGCCGACGCCCCCGACUCCCUUUGGCCCCGGGACGCCAGCCACUCAGAGGCUUUCUCGGCUCCGGCUGGCCGCUUCCCGGCCAAUCCGGUCGGCUCGAGGCCUUCCAGAGCGGGACUCGCCUCCUCCGCCACUCCGUCUCAGGCACCAAUCAUGACUGGGCCAGCGGCCGGACUCGAACUCAGGCCCGCCUUCUGCCGGCCGACCAGCAUCCCCGACGGCAGCGGUCUCGACCGGCCGCUCUACGACGCCCGGCCCGCCGGCCGUCGGGCAGAACGAUUCGUCAUGGCAACUGCGAACCCCACGUCCAGUUGCACCCCGUCCGGCUUCGCGCCGAGGACCCUCAUGCGCCUCCACACCUUCGACUCGGCCACUUCAGCCCGCCCGUCUCAGGAAGCCCUGCUUCAAGACCCGUUCAGUGAAGCGACUGCCCUGCCGACCCAUACGCCGCUGCAUCCCACCAAGUCGUCCACGGCCUGGACGGGCCGAUUGGCCUGA